UCGCCUUGGACUCUUGCAAAAUCAUCACUUCUCAAAACUCUCCAAGACUUUUUCACAAAGAGAGUAACAUUUUAAAAAACUAGCAAAAAAUGGUUUGGAAACAAUCAAACUAAAUCUAUCAAACCAAAAACACUCCUAUUUCUAACCCUUUCAACUCCCCCACCGAACCCACAUUCUAUCCAAAAUUCUCUUCAUUUUCAUACAAAAUUGUCGAUCCAUUUCUUGAAACAAUCCGCAAGAAAUGGACGAUCGGAUGAGGCGUUCGCGGCGGCAACAGAGCCGCAGUUCCAGCCGGAGCAACUGGAUUGUGGAGGAGGUGUUCUCCGGCUCGGCGGCGUCGAGGCAGAGCGUUAGGGCGGACGAGGAUGAGGAGGCGCUGAGAUGGGCGGCGCUGGAGAAGCUCCCCACCUACGAUAGGCUGAGGAAAACAGUGCUUAAAUCGUUCAUGGAAACUUCGAAUCAAGGGAAAGUUAAGGUUGUCCACAAAGAGAUUGAUGUGAGAAAAAUGGACAUGAAUGAGAAGCAAGAAUUCAUCGACAGAUUCUUCAAAGUUGCUGAGGAAGAUAAUGAGAAGUUCUUGACCAAGUUCAGAGAUCGCAUUGAGAAAGUCGGAAUUUCGUUACCUACUGUUGAAGUGAGAUUUGAACACUUGAGCGUGGAAGCGGACUGCUUCGUCGGAGAUAGGGCGCUUCCGACGCUGAUCAACACGGCCCGUAACAUCGGCGAGAUGGCCUUGGGUUGCUUAGGAAUUAGGCUCGCCCAGAAAACUAAACUCACUAUACUCAAAGACGUUUCCGGCAUUAUAAAACCUUCUAGGAUGACCCUUUUACUCGGACCACCUUCUUCAGGGAAAACAACUCUUUUGUUGGCUCUCGCAGGAAAAUUGGACCCAACUUUGAAGACAAGGGGAGAAAUCACAUACAAUGGGCAUAUGCUAAAUGAAUUUGUACCACAGAAAACAUCAGCAUACAUUAGCCAAAAUGAUGUUCAUGUAGGAGAAAUGACUGUCAAAGAAACCUUAGAUUUCUCGGCCAGAUGCCAAGGGGUCGGAUCGCGAUACGAACUUUUGACCGAGCUUGCAAGAAGGGAAAGAGAAGCAGGUAUUUUUCCAGAGGCAGAGGUUGACUUGUUUAUGAAGGCAACUGCUAUGGAGGGAGUAGAGAGCAGCCUUAUUACAGACUACACUUUAAGGAUACUAGGACUAGAUGUGUGCAGAGACACAAUUGUUGGAGAUGAGAUGAUAAGAGGAAUAUCUGGAGGCCAAAAGAAGCGUGUCACAACAGGGGAGAUGAUUGUUGGGCCAACAAAGACACUCUUCAUGGAUGAGAUAUCCACAGGCCUAGACAGCUCCACAACAUUUCAAAUUGUGAAAUGUUUGCAGCAAAUUGUGCAUCUAACUGAGGCAACCAUCUUCAUGUCCCUCCUCCAACCGGCCCCCGAGACGUUUGAUCUCUUCGACGACGUCGUCCUUCUCUCUGAAGGCCAGAUCGUCUACCAAGGCCCAAGAGAGCAUGUAGUUGAGUUCUUUGAGAGUUGUGGCUUCAAAUGCCCUGAGAGGAAAGGAACUGCUGAUUUCUUACAAGAGGUGACAUCAAGAAAAGACCAAGAGCAAUAUUGGGCAGACAGACACAGACCAUACAAGUAUAUUCCAGUGAGCGAGUUUGCGACAAGGUUCAAGCGCUUCCACGCGGGCCUACGCCUCGAAAACGAGCUCUCCGUUCCCUACGACAGAGCCAGGAGCCACAGUGCGGCCCUAGUAUUCAAGAAAUACUCGGUCCCCAUAUUGGAGCUACUCAAGGCCAACUUUGACAAGGAGUGGCUCCUCAUCAAACGCAACUCCUUCGUCUACGUCUUCAAGACCGUGCAGAUCUUCAUCGUGGCCAUCAUCACCUCCACUCUGUUCUUGAGGACUAACAUGCACACUAGGGACGAGGACGACGCCUCAGUCUAUAUUGGUGCCCUCUUGUUUAGCAUGAUCUGCAACACCUUCAACGGCUUCGCAGAACUCUCUCUCACCAUACAGAGGCUUCCUGUCUUUUACAAACAAAGAGACCUUCUCUUCCACCCUCCUUGGGCUUUCACUCUGCCUACAUUUCUUCUCAGAAUCCCUAUAUCCUUCUUUGAGGCUAUUGUUUGGAUGGUUACAACGUAUUACACUAUUGGAUUCGCCCCACAAGCGGACAUAUUCUUCAAGCAGUUCUUGCUCAUCUUCGUGAUCCAGCAAAUGGCUGCGGGGAUAUUCAGGCUCACCGCAGGACUGUGUAGAACCAUGAUCAUGGCUAACACGGGAGGCGCCCUCACGCUCCUUCUCGUAUUCCUCCUAGGCGGCUUCAUCCUCCCGAAAGACAAGAUUCCAGAUUGGUGGGGAUGGGGAUACUGGGUUUCGCCCCUCACCUAUGGAUACAACGCCAUUGCUGUAAACGAAAUGUUUGCUCCCAGAUGGAUGAAUCAAGCGGCCUCAGAUGGCAUCACGCCAUUAGGCAUAGCAGUGUUGAACAACUUCAACAUCUUUCCAGAAAAAAAUUGGUACUGGAUUGGAGUUGGAGCUCUUGUUGGAUUCACAUUGCUCUUCAACAUUCUCUUCACACUCUCACUCAUGUAUCUCAACCCUCUUGGGAAGCCACAGGCUAUAAUAUCAAAGGAGCAAGCAAGGGAGAUGGAAACAGAGUUGAUUGGAGAUGAUGCACCAAGACUUAGGCCAACCAAAUCCAAAAAUGACUCUUUUCCUCGAGCCUUGUCGUCCAGAGAUGGAAACAACACAUUGGAAAUGACGAUGCAACGAAUGAGUAGCCAUUCAUCUGUAAAUAGAAACAAUGACUCAAACCUUGGUGGGGCAAGAGGUGUCGCACCAAAGAGGGGAAUGGUGCUCCCAUUCACCCCUUUAGCCAUGUCCUUCGACAAUGUAAACUACUAUGUUGAUAUGCCACCGGAAAUGAGGGAGCAGGGAGUGACCGAGGAUAAAUUGCAGCUGCUACGCGGUGUAACUGGGGCUUUCAGGCCAGGAGUGCUGACGGCCUUAAUGGGAGUGAGUGGAGCAGGCAAAACAACACUGAUGGAUGUUCUAGCUGGUCGAAAAACGGGCGGUUACAUAGAAGGCGACAUCAUGAUUUCUGGAUUCCCAAAAAAUCAGGAAACAUUUGCAAGAAUCUCUGGAUACUGUGAGCAAACCGACAUCCAUUCGCCUCAAGUUACUAUCCGCGAAUCACUCAUCUACUCGGCCUUUCUCCGCCUCCCUAAAGACGUCGCCAAGGAGCAGAAGAUGGCAUUCGUUGAACAAGUGAUGGAUCUGGUUGAGCUAGAGAAUCUCAAGGACGCCAUCGUAGGGAUUCCCGGGAUCACGGGGUUGUCCACGGAGCAAAGAAAGCGGCUGACGAUUGCGGUGGAGCUGGUUGCGAAUCCUUCGAUUAUAUUCAUGGAUGAGCCGACUUCAGGUCUGGAUGCAAGAGCAGCGGCCAUUGUUAUGAGAACUGUGAGAAACACAGUUGACACUGGGAGAACUGUCGUUUGUACCAUCCACCAACCUAGCAUUGAUAUUUUUGAAUCUUUUGAUGAGUUGCUGCUUAUGAAGAGAGGAGGGCAGGUGAUCUAUGCAGGACCAUUAGGCCGCCACUCGCAGAAAAUUAUCGAGUAUUUCGAGGCAGUUCCCGGAGUUUCGAGAAUCAAAGAGAAGUACAAUCCUGCAACGUGGAUGCUGGAAGCGAGCUCGAUAGCCACCGAAUCCCGAUUAUCAAUGGAUUUCGCAGAAUAUUACAAAACAACAGACCUAUAUCAACGAAAUAAGGCGCUGGUGGACGAGCUGAGCAUGCCGGCUCCAGGCGCAAAGGACUUACACUUCGAGACACAGUUCUCACAGUCGAGCUGGGGGCAGUUCAAAUCCUGCCUCUGGAAACAAUGGUGGACUUAUUGGAGAAGCCCUGAUUACAACCUCGUUCGCUACUUCUUCACCCUCGUUUGCGCCCUUCUUGUUGGCACCGUUUUCUGGAAAGUCGGCACAAAAAAGGAUAGUGACACGGAUCUGUUGACCAUUAUCGGAGCUAUGUAUGCUUCAGUCUUAUUUGUCGGAAUCAACAAUUGUUCAACUGUUCAGCCUGUCGUCGCCAUUGAAAGGACAGUUUUUUACAGAGAGAAAGCUGCAGGAAUGUACUCUGCUUUACCUUAUGCCCUGUCUCAGGUGAUUGUAGAAAUACCAUAUGUGCUAAUCCAGACGACGUAUUACACCUUAAUCGUAUACGCGAUGGUGAGCUUCGAAUGGACCGUAGCCAAAUUCUUGUGGUUCUACUUCGUCACUCUCUUCUCCUUCCUCUACUUCACCUACUAUGGCAUGAUGACCGUCUCCAUCACGCCCAAUCACCAGGUCGCAGCCAUCUUCGCAGCUGCAUUCUACGCUCUCUUCAACCUAUUCUCAGGCUUCUUCAUCCCAAGACCGAAAAUUCCCAAAUGGUGGGUGUGGUACUACUGGGUCUGCCCCGUGGCGUGGACCGUAUACGGUCUAAUCAUUGGACAGUACGGAGACGUGACAAAAACUAUAACGGUUGCCGGAAACAAUGGAUCAACAUCACCUAUGAUCAACACUUAUAUUCAAGAUCAUUUUGGCUACGAUCCUGACUUCAAAGGGCCAGUUGCUGCAGUUUUGGUUGGUUUUGCAGUUUUCUUUGCUUUCAUGUAUGCUUACUGCAUCAAGACUCUCAAUUUCCAGAUGAGGUAGAGGUUGAUAUAUAUAUAUAGGAGGAUCAAAUGUGAAUUAAUUGUAUAUAUAUAUUUUUGCACACACAUAUAUACGUUAUAUUUAGAUGAGAUAUAUGUAAGUAGUAUAUGUAGUUUUGUGAACUUGAAUGUACUAAAAUAUAUAAAUAUAUAGAUUCUUGAAAUA